UGUCCUUCGAGAGGCAACUGACUUCGAAUCGGAUUUUCGGAAGUACGAGUCUGUAGAAUGCGACCAUAUGAUUGGAUUCCGGCAGUUUACGUCGUUUCGGUGCCAUUUACUUAGCUCGCUCGCACCUAAAUACCCGAGACUGUCUGCUCUCUGCCGCGACCGUGUACCCGCUACCGGAUUUCUGCUCUGCCCUCUUUUGGGUUACGGCGAUUUAUUUAGAUUGCUUGUCAAAUUCAAUGGUAGGGCGAACUGCAGCUCCGGCUCGCUCUAAUUGUGUGGAUGCGUGGCUACUUCAUGAGUUCUCUGCCUAUGGUUUGAAUUGAAUGAAUCUACGCUUAUGAAUCGAGGAGAUAUCGUGUUUAAUCUAUUGCGACGUACUUGGAUCGUGCGGGUUUGACGAUACUUCAUCUGCUUUAGGUUGAGUCUCUUUGUUUCUCCAGCCUUGAAUGCCAGUUCUGUGGACGAAGGCUUGAAGAAAUCAUGAAUUGGAAAGAAAAGGCGAGAGACAAUAGAGAGCAAAGUGGAGCUAUUCCCUGUGGCCAGGUUCGGGUUCUUGUUGCCGGUGAUUCAGGUGUUGGGAAAACAUCAUUGGUCCAUCUACUUGUAAAUGGUUCUGCAAUCUCUCGUCCUUCUCAAACUGUUGGCUGUACAGUUGAAGUCAAGCAUAUUACUCAUGGACGUAGUGGAAGCUCUUCUAGUAGCAUAAAAGGUGAUGAGGAAAGGGACUUCUUUGUUGAGCUAUGGGAUAUCUCUGGACAUGAGAGGUACAAGGAUUGUCGCUCUCUUUUCUACAAGCAGAUCAAUGGUGUUAUAUUUGUUCAUGAUCUCUCUCAAAGGAGGACAAAGUCAAGUUUGCACAAGUGGGCAGCGGAAAUCGCAGCAACUGGGACAUUUUCAGCUCCACUAGGAUCUGGUGGGCCGGGAGGUCUUCCCGUUCCAUAUCUUGUUAUCGGUAACAAAACUGAUAUUGCUCCUAAAGAUGGGGGAAGAGUAAGCAGUGGCAAUCUUGUCGAUGUUGCGCGCCAAUGGGUUGAGAAGCAAGGCCUGCUUCCUUCAAGUGAAGAGCUGCCUUUGAGAGAGAGUUUCCCGGGAAGUUCAGGGCUUCGAUCGGCUGCUAAAGAAGCAAGAUAUGACAAAGAAGCCAUAACAAAGUUCUUCCUCAUGCUGGUCAGAAGGAGAUAUUUUUCUGACGAGCUACCUGCCCCAAGCUCAUGGUCUGCAUAUCCAGUACAAAGCUCUGUACUUCCUUCUGGUGAAAGCUCAAGUGAAGAAGAUCAAUUUCACAGCAAACGGAGUUUAAGUGGGGACAAAUUUAAAUACGAUGUUCUUCCUCCACUUCCUGCACAACGGAAUCUCCCACCACCUCCAACACUUUAUCCACAACAACCGGUUUCAGCAUCAGAAAACUAUAGCAACAAUAGAUAUCCAGUAUCUGGAUCGCUAGCAGCCGGAAGCAGCAAGCAAAGACGAGCAGACAUCAGUGUGUGAUUAAUCAUUUUCUAAAUGAAGACUUCAGUGUCUGCAACUAAUUUCCAUUGUCUAAUGUAUUCUUUUCUACGUCGGUGAAGAAUCCUUGAACUCGUAAUCAUAACCAAAAUGAUAAGCUUCAUCGAGCGUAUUGAAAGGAUGGGCUGGGUUUGUUCGUGCGGUAUCAUUUUUUUUUUCCACACAAACUAGCUGCUUUACUUUGCCAACGGAGCUCACAGAACCUAAUACGUGGGCCUUAUUUCUACUAUUUAUUCUUU